GGGCUGUUGGGGAGCCGAAUGGCCUCAGGACGCCGGCCGACUGGAUGUCUGCAUUCUGUUGGCGGCCUUUCCAAAUGUGGGGAGCAGCCUCCGAGAGCGGUGUUCGUGGCACAGGGCGGGAAGAGAUAAAGGCUAGGGAAGGCGCCUCUCGGGCCUAUCCACCUCUUAUGGGGCUGGGCACUAGGAAGCAGCUUCCCUUUGUGCCCCUUUGUCUCCAAGCCGUUCCAAACUGAGUACCGGGAGGCGACACAAAGGGAGGGCGGUGACGGAUGGCGCAGGCGCGGGAGCCGCCUAGGCUGCUGGGAGUGGUGGUCCCGCCGCGGAAUUGGUAGGUCUCCCGCGCACUCCGCGGCCUCAGCUCGGAGGACACCGAGAGGUUGCCAGCGCGCAUGCGCCGCCACUUCCGCCCGUGCCCGGUCCUCCUCUUCCUUCCGCCUCCCGGAGGACUUGGGUUUCUAGUAGUAAGAGUCCGGGGGGCAUUACGGUCUCCCCGCCUCCUCUUCAUCGUGAUUGGGCUGUCAAAGUGAGGUUGGCAAGUGGAUUGGCUACUGUGGUUGCCAGUUCUGUUCCGGGCCAUACUUAUACCGCGCUGUGGGGCGGGGACGAAGAGAGUCAGGCCUGGGCUGAGGAGCGGACUCCGUUAGUCGCUGCGUGCCAUGGCCUCGGAGGCUGCUGUCCCGCGGCCCGUUAGGUCCUGGUCGGGUUUUCAGCGAAGCAGGCAGCUCCCCUGCGUUUCCCGGCGGGCGUGCUGCGCCGCCCAACGGGCUCUGCCUCCAAGUGCCAAAAACUCCUAGUAAAGUUUGCGCCUCGCCCGCAGUCCCCGCCCCAGCGGCCCUGACGGUGUCCCCUCCGCGACCCUCGCCCCUGGCAGAAGUGACAGGCAAGGCCACGCCCCCGCGCGGGUCGGCCUCUAGCCCGCAGCCCCCGGGGCCCGGGACGGUGAGGGGCGUGAAUGCGGCGGGGGGCGGGGCCGUCGCCGGGGGAGGGGGCCGAGGCGCAUGCGCGCUGCGCAGCGGGGCUGAAUGUUUCCCAAGUGUUUGAAACUGGUAUUUGGGUUUUCCACGUUGGACAAGUGCGGCUCGGCGGCCGGCGGAGCGCGCCCCUUCCCGCUGCCCGCUCCGCUCCUCUCUUCUCCCCAGCCCAGUGGGCGGGUGGGCGGCGGCGGCCGCGGCGCUGGGCCCUCUCCCGCCGGUGUGUGCGCGCUCGUACGCGCGGCCCCCAGCGCCAGCCCCGCCGCUGAGAGGGGGCCUGCGCCGCCGGCCGGGGCGUGCGCCCGGGAGCCACCGCCACCGCGGCCCGCGCCCCCAGGCGCUGGGGUACCCGCGGACCCGGAGGCGGCGGACGGGCUCGGCAGAUGUAGCCGCCGGUCCGGAGCAGGAGCCGGCGGGGGGCGCCGGGAGAGCGAGGGCUUUGCAUUUUGCAGUGCUAUUUUUUCAGGGGGGCGGGGGGUGGAGGAAGCGGAAAGCCGCGGCGAGUCGCCGGGGACCUCCGGGGUGAACCAUGUUGAGUCCUGCCAACGGGGAGCAGCUCCACCUGGUGAACUAUGUGGAGGACUACCUGGACUCCAUCGAGUCCCUGCCUUUCGACUUGCAGAGAAAUGUCUCGCUGAUGCGGGAGAUCGACGCGAAAUACCAAGAGAUCUUGAAGGAGCUGGACGAGUGCUACGAGCGCUUUAGCCGCGAGACGGACGGGGCGCAGAAGCGGCGGAUGCUGCACUGUGUACAGCGCGCGCUGAUCCGCAGCCAGGAGCUGGGCGAUGAGAAGAUCCAGAUCGUGAGCCAGAUGGUGGAGCUGGUGGAGAACCGCACGCGGCAGGUGGACAGCCACGUGGAGCUGUUCGAGGCGCAGCAGGAGCUGGGCGACACAGCGGGCAACAGCGGCAAGGCUGGCGCGGACAGGCCCAAAGGCGAGGCGGCAGCGCAGGCUGAGAAGCCCAACAGUAAGCGCUCGCGGCGGCAGCGCAACAACGAGAACCGCGAGAACGCGUCCAGCAACCACGACCACGAGGACGGCGCCUCAGGCACACCCAAGGAGAAGAAGGCCAAGACCUCCAAGAAGAAGAAGCGCUCCAAGGCCAAGGCGGAGCGGGAGGCGUCCCCUGCCGACCUCCCCAUCGACCCCAACGAACCCACGUACUGUCUGUGCAACCAGGUCUCCUACGGGGAGAUGAUCGGCUGUGACAACGACGAGUGUCCCAUCGAGUGGUUCCACUUCUCGUGCGUGGGGCUCAAUCAUAAACCCAAGGGCAAGUGGUACUGUCCCAAGUGCCGGGGGGAGAACGAGAAGACCAUGGACAAAGCCCUGGAGAAAUCCAAAAAAGAGAGGGCUUACAACAGGUAGUUUGUGGACAGGCGCCUGGUAGUGAGGAGGACAAAAUAAACCGUGUAUUUAUUACAUUGCCGCCUUUGUUGAGGUGCAGGGAGUGUAAAAUGUAUAUUUUUAAAGAAUGUUAGAAAAGGAACCAUUCCUUUCAUAGGGAUGGCAGUGAUUCUGUUUGCCUUUUGUUUUCACUGGUACACGUGUAACAAGAAAGUGGUCUGUGGAUCAGCAUUUUAGAAACUACAAAUAUAGGUUUGAUUAAACACUUAAGUCUCAGACUGAUUUCUUGGGGGAGGAGGGGGACUAAACUCAACCUAACACAUUAAAUGUGGAAGGAAAAUACUUCAUUUAGCUUUUUUAUUUUAAUAAAAGUAAUAUUACUUUAUGAACAAAUUUUUUAAUUGGCCGGUCGCCAAAAAUACAGCCUAUAGUAAAUGUGGUUCUUGCUGCCAUGAUGUAUAUCCAUAUAACAAUUCAGUAACAAAGGUUUCAAGUUUGAAGAUUAUUUUUUAAAAAGGUAAAUGGUUAAAUUUUACAUGAUAGAUAUUUUAUAUUUUGGCCUGUUCCCCAAAUGGCCAUUUUAAAAUGCUUGGGUACACUUCUCUUAAACAAGCGGUCUAGCCAAGGAACCUCAAGUCAUGCUUUUGCUAUCACGAAUCAUAGUGUAGCCAUCUUUAAUUUAUAUCAGGUGUAUAAAUGUACAUUUCCAAGUGAACUUGCACUUGCUAUAUUAUGAUUGGAAGUGCAGUCAGCAGAUGCUGUUGUGAAGCUAAUGUCACAAUUAUGUGCAAAGGUGUGCUUCCUGCUGUAUGUGAGCUGUAAAAAUGUUACGUGAAGAAAUAAAUGAAACUUGGCCAGUUUGUUCCUCUAGUAGUAUAUUUAAUUUUGACAUAAGUAACUUUUAAAAUUUGUCUUAAAAAUUUAUACACCAGCAGUUUAGACGAAGCCUUAAGUAAAUUUUGUAUUAUUGUUCUCACUUAUUAUUAAUAAUGAAGUUACCUAAUUGCCAGCAAAUUAAUACGUGUCAAAACAGAAUCUGUAUUCAGACCCUGGGUCAGGAAAUUACUGCCCACUUGUCAAGUCCAGUCCACCACCUGUUUGAACAUUAUAUGGAGUUUAAAUUCUAGUGUCCAUAAAUAAAGUUUCAGUGGAACAGA